AGAGCAUUCCAGAUGGGAGACGGUCCCACCGACGAGGGAACGGGCUCUGGCUUGCCGAAACGCCAACCACCGUCCGCGUCUGCCAAUGAGUAUCCCCGUAAACGCGCGGCGAUAGCCUGUGAGCUGUGUCGGCUGCGAAAGACACGCUGUGAUAAUGUGCGGCCGACUUGUUCCCUGUGUCGCCAGGCUGGGGCUGUGUGCAAGUACACCACUGCCUCGGACGCAACGCCGGUAACAUACGAACCACAGCCGUCGGCUCUCUUGGAAAGGCUCAAUUAUGCCAUUUCACUGUUGGAAAGACCGUCGAACAGGUCGCCCUCUCCCACCGCGAACCCUGCGACUACUGGCGAGCUUGGGGUCCCUCGCGACGCUAUAUUCGCCGAAUGCAUGCUUUCUUGGUCUGUCCUGCAAGGAUUUGGUUCAGCAAACUCCUCUUCGUUGCUGUGGUCAGGGUGCUGCGUUCCAGAAGUUGAGAAGAAGAACACUGGGAUGAACACUCCAUCAACAGGUGUUCCGUCGGAAGCAGAGAUACUACCGAGUAUCAACCCCCAUGACUUUGUGGCCUUGGUGCAGCGGUACUUGAGUCUUGUCCACGUCAAGAAUCCGAUCCUGGACAUUGAUCGCCUGCAGCAGACUACACGCCGGGUAGUGGAAGAAGGCUGUGCAUGGGAUGGCGGAACAGCCUUGGUGCUGCUGGCUUGUGCCUUGGCUGUGCUGGUCACCGAGCUGGAAGACACACACAACGCCGAGGACAACUGGACGAUGAGUGGCAGGGACCUGCCCUCUGAUCGAGAAACUGCCGAUGUAUACUACAUGGAGGCACGGAAACGACUCGGACUGCUGGAUCUGAGUCUAGAGGCCGCUCAGUGUCAGUUUCUGUGCGGGAUCUACGAGAUGUGCCGGUUGCGAGUGGUGGAGGCAUGGUCUCACUACCAGCAGGCGGCCAUGGUGACGCAAAUGCUUCUCCUGCAGCGAAUGCACCGUGCUGAGCUGCCCAUUGAGCCCAAGCCUCUUGAGCGACUGUAUUACUCUUGUCUCCGGACGCACAACCACUUCCAAAUACAGGCGCCGCUACCUCUCAACACACUAUCCUAUAUCACUCUUCCCAACCCUUUCCCCUCUCCGCCGCUUGACUUUGGCCUGGAUGCAGAGAUGUUGCCCCCGUACUGGAUGGUGGAGGGCGGCGACUCGGCUGCAUUUCGACUGCGCAACGUACGGGGCUGGUUCUAUUAUCUGGCCGAGAUUUCAGCACUCCGGACGAGCACACGCAUAAUCCGAACUCUGUACAGCCAUGAGGAAACAUGGUGGCUAGACCACAUCGUUGAGGUGGUGCAGCAAGUCCGGAUCUUUGAGGAGGAAGCCAAUUCAUGGUUUGAUCACUUGCCGGCCACCGUCCGCUGGGCUGCAGAUGCUCCCAGGACCGAGUUGACAACCAUCCUGUACUUCCGGACUCUCAACGUCAAGACCAUGCUAUUCCACCCCAUGCUCUAUUUUGCAAUUCACCAAAGGACUGACCAUCCUCAAUGGGGUGAGGCUGCUGCCCUGGCGGCGAAAGGAUUGGAAGCCUGCGCCGCAAUGAUCCUUUUCAACGGCAAGACACAAUGGCGCCACGGCGGCUUAUGGUUCGUUCUGCGGUCUCUCUUCCGCAAUGCGCUUUCGAUUCUAGCGGCGGUGCGGAGCGGUCGCUUCGACUGCUCGGACAACUGGAUGUCUUUGAUUGAACUGGCCAUCACCAAUCUGUCAAUAUGGGAGCUGGAGGCCUUGGAUGUCCUGCGAAUGCGCAAGGUUUUGGAUCAGAUCCUGGUCGACACACGGAACUCUAGCCAGAAAAGGUCUGCGAACAAGGUCAAGGUUGUAUGGCCAUAGUUCGUGAUACAAUGGCCAUUGAAUUAGGUCAGAGCAGAUUCUUAUGAGUAAAAUACAUU